AUGAACGAUGAUGACAAUUUUUCAAGUCAUGGCUACGCGAAAGAUGCUGAGAAGUUGAAAAUGAUGUUGCUAGCAUGGAAUUAUCACCAGACGCCAGGCCGUAAUGGUGAUUUGUCAGAGAGUGGGGCGGACAGCAUGGCGGAUCUGUGGGCUUCGUACCAUAGUGCACUAGGCUUGGGCAGUAAGCCCCCGAAGCCGCCCACGCCUCUCGCUACCGGACACUCGAGUCCUAUUCAUAUUGGAUCGACACCAGUGGAACCAGCCUCCACGCAUGAUGAGACUUCAUCAUCAGAUCGGACAAAAGAUGAUGAUGAUGGCGGCGCGUCAGAUGACGAUAGCGAUGAUAGAGUCGACCCGCAGCAUCACGAUCCUGAACGACUGAAGGCGUUUAAUAUGUUCGUCCGACUUUUCGUCGAUGAAAAUCUCGAUAGAAUAGUUCCUAUUUCAAAGCAGCCGAAAGAAAAGAUUCAGGCCAUAAUUGACUCCUGCACCAGGCAGUUCCCAGAGUUUGCUGAACGAGCUCGGAAGAGAAUCAGGACUUAUUUGAAGAGUUGUAGGCGGAAUAAGAAGGUUCGAGGUGACGGCCCCACUACUGGCAAUGGAGGAAAUACUCCCUCCGGCAAUGCCUGGGAUACCGCGGUGCGGCCCACCCCCGCGCACCUGACGUCAGUGCAAGCAGAACAUAUCCUGGCGCAGGCGUGCGAGAACGAGAGCCUCAACGCGAAGCGCAUGCGUCUCGGACUUGACCCUGUAAGCCAGCCCAUGCCCACUGUGCCCACGCCCAUGGCUAUAGACACAACAGCAACAUCAGCUGCUUCAUCAUUCUUAAGCCUGUACAGUGGCGCUAUGAACAGCCCCGCGUCUACCUCAGUGACCAGCUCAGCGAAUACCACCUCCUCAGCAGGCCACAGCAAGCAACCAGCAGACACUACCAGACCCUCGACCAGUCCAUCUUUGGAAAAUCCACUAUUGAAUAAUAACACUUUGAAACUGGAUAACGCUAAUGGAAAUACUGGAAGCAAGACGGCUAGUCCCGCCUCUUCUCCGGCACCACUGUUCAGGCAAACAUUCCCCAACACGUUUGGGAACCCACCAACGUUUGGAAGACAAAGCUCAAACACAAACCCAACAUCUGCGCUGUCUAGUACUGCACUUCUGUCAACACUGACUGCUCUUCCUCCCACAGGAGUAGGAGUGAACGCAGCGAUGGCCGCUUACCAGAGCGCUUUGCUGUCGGCUAUGGCAGCGCACACGCAUACAUUCCCCAAUCUCACUGCUCCGACGGACCUGUCAUUGAAGACAUCAUCAGCUCCGUUACACGCUACAUCCACUUCAUCCAUCUCAGGGUCGGGAUCUAAGCUGUCCCACAAGCUGUCUGGGGCAGAAGUAGGAGCUGUGAGGCAACUGAUCACAGGAUACCGUGAAUCUGCAGCAUUUCUGCUACGAUCUGCAGACGAGCUAGAGGCUUUGCUCCUCAACCAACCC